UUUCUCACAUACAGAAGAGAAGAACCCUAUCGUCUUCCUUCUCUGAUCAAAAAUCAUGGUAACUACAAGAGGUUCUUCCGAUCAGCGAAAAUGGCAAGAAGCAUUUCACAAGUUAUUACAACUACUCAAGACCCAACAAACCCAAAUCGAGUCUUUCGUCAACGAAAGAAAGAUUCUCGAAGAUCGGAUGAAUCUUCAACACAACCGCUGGCAAUCCGAAGUGAACUUAUUAAUGGAUCAGUUAUCCCAGGAGAAGAAAAAGUCGACUGUGCAAGAGAUGUCACGUCAUGUUGACUCUACCAAAGCAGAAUUACUCCAAAUGAUGAAGCAAAAAGAAGCCUUUAUCUACAAAACCAAGUUAGAUAGAACGGUCGACGAUUUGUCUGAUUUUAGAUCAAUGUAUGAUAACUAUCUGAGAUCUCAGCAAUCAUCUAAUAAAGACAACAUGAGCAACCACCCUGAGGUUUUGGCUCUUGUAUCUGAAAGAGAUUUUGUUUGGAAUCAGUUUAAGAAGAUGGAUAGCAAAUUCGUUACGCAGUUGAAGAAUAAAAAUAGUGAAAUUGAGGAUGCCAACUCGAAGAUAAAGAAACUCGAAUCAAUGAAUAAGGAUAAGGAUGACUUGAUCUUGAAAUUGCAGACUGAUUUAGCUAAAUUUGAUUCCAUGAAGAAGAAGCAGAAGAUGAAGAAAGGUGAAGAUGUUUCUACAAGCAGGCCAAGAACACGUUCUUCUUAUUCAAAAGUUUCUCAAAUUUCUAAUACGGGAGGAAAUAGUUUAAAGAGGAGUCGAAAGUCAAUGGAGAAUUCAGGUAAUUCAGGACUGUUCAAAUCCACCUUCAAAAUCCCCAAACUGAAGUUGUUGUCUCCUGAUGCAAUUUGAUUAUAGAAGAAUAAUGUGAAUAUUUGUUGUUGUGUUCAUAAUAUUUAUAACCAAAAUGUAUCUUUUACUUGUAUUUUCUGAUUAACUUAACACAAUCGAUGUCAUAACUUGAUUUGUACAAACUAAUGAAAAGUUCUAACAUUUUCAAAACAAUAACCGAAGCAGUUACUUGAAUAGUUCAUUUCUUAGUUUGUAGGAAUAGAAAUACAACUGAACAACUCUAAGCAAGGCGGAACCAGAUGGACUUGGCAGAGUUUUGAAAAGACAUUAAAACCAAAAGAAAUACUACAGCGGCCGCAACCCACAGAGGGGAGGCAUCAAAUUUGCUCUUGUAGGACGAAGAAGAUGAUGAUCUGGGGCCGGAAUCUCUGAAAGACCAGAUGAAAUGAACAGAUAAGAUGAAAAGUAAGAGAAACAAGAUAAAGUAGACCUCGAGAUUCAUCAUGGUUCUUUCCAUCCGAGAUUUGUAAUCGAAGUAGGUUGUAAGCAAAACCAGGAUAAGGGUUACAGAUAUUAUGAUUAUUAAAGGUAUGGGGAGGGCUGCUGUUCCUGCAAGUGUCUGUUCUGCCCAAUUCUGCUUCCAUUCUUGCCCUCUUCUGUCUCUGAAGAUCCAACCCAUUUUCUUUGAUCUUCUUCAUCUUCUCCAUAUGUUUAUAUAUUGGUGGACAGAAUAAGAAGAAGAAAAGGAGAAGAAUAUAUUCUUGUUGCCAGUUGCCACAUUCAUACAGAUGGACUGAUGAUGAAGAAGAAAACAACUCUGUAGAAGAGAAUCCAAUUCCCCUUUUAUUGGUGGAGUCCAGAAUUUUAAGUGUAAUCAAUAGAAUCAAAA